AUGGACCUUGUCCUUACUCAGAGGCCGGGUAUCCGCAACCACUCACUUUCUUUGGAUAUUCAAGUUACACCACCAGGAAAUCAGAAUCAAUCGUCUGCUUCAACGUUCGCCUCGUAUGCAACGGGCGAAAAUAUUGAGGGAGUCAUCUCGAUCACGUCACAGCGCGAUCUCGGUUUCGACUAUCUACAUAUCGCGUUUGUUGGAGAGGAAAGUACAACCAUCCCCAGUUGCACUCCCGACAAGGCACAGCAUCGGUUUCUAAAGCUUGUUCAAUAUAUUGACGACUCGAGUCUUCCGAGUCCCAAGGUCUUUAAAGCUGGGCGUAAAUAUGAGUUCUCGUUCAGUUUCGAAGUCCCAGACUAUCUUCCUUCAUCUUCCUGCCGCCAUUCCGCCAACCCCCUAGUCAAGGCGGCUCAUCUCCACCCGCCUCCAAGCUGCGGCGAUGCCAGUAUAGCUGGGUUUGGCGGUAAACUGCGGGAUGACUUUGCGCCGGCAGCAUGCAAGGUCAUAUACUCCAUCAAUGCCAAGCUUGAGCGACUUGAUCCGACUUUUGGAGCCCUGCAGAUGAUAGAAGAAAAGCGGCUCAAAGUGCGAAUCAAGCCGGCUGUUGGCGAUGUGCCUCUCCCGGAUUUACUGCCCAUGGACGGUCUCAGCAAUGAGUACAGUCUAAAUCAUGAACAGGCCAUCCAUUGCGGUAGUUCCAAAUCCAAGUCCCCGGUGAUCGGCCGCCUAGCCAUUACAUUAGAACAGCCCGACUGCUUUUACCAUCCUUUACGAGACCCAAUCAGCUUGAUCAGCAAAGCAGUACGGCUGUUCCUCGUAUACUCGCCUUCGAGUAGUGACUCAACUAUUCCACCUCCCCAGCUCAAAUCCCUCCGCGCCCACAUCACGGCAACAACGAUAUACACCACAAAGCUAGACAGCACCGCCCACCCUGUUCCUAGAAAGAGAGACUUCUUUAACCGCCCGGUCAAUUUUCGCGACGCCGAGCUCCCGCUCUCGUCGAUUCCUUCUUCGCCGCAGCUACGCUGGACCAAGGACCAGACUGGCAGCUAUACGGGGACACUGCUGGUACCGGUGACGCUGCCCAAGGACAAAAGUUUUAUUCCAACAUUUCAUUCUUGCCUGAUUACGAGAGUGUAUAGCCUUGGUUUUCAGCUCACUGUACAGGGUGCCUCAGAGCCCUUUAGACUGAAGGCACCCAUGCAGAUCGCUGCGGAGAGAGAUCCGGCCGUUCUGCCGUCGUACAAUGCGUCGUUGGGGAUUGUUGAAAUGGGAUGA